CGCGCGUCGCCGCCGCCGCCGCCGCCGUCUCCGCAGUGAGGUCACGGCGGGGGGGGAGAAGGGGAGCGAGGAGGGGGGCGGCGGCGCGUGCGCGGCGCCUGCUCCGCUCCCGGGCUGCCGGGGCCGCCGCGGCGCCGGGCCGUGUGUGGAGGGGAGGGGAGGGGACCCCCGGCACAGCCCCGAAGUUGGCAGCGCGGCGGAGCAGGCCCCGGGAGCCCCGGCUGAGGGCUGGGAGGCUUCUGGUACCUCAGCACCGAGAGGCUCCGGGUGUUCUCUGAAGGGAAAGCGGCCGAGGAUGGCCGCUCCCGCACCGCCUCCCUGCCUGCCGAAUCGCCCUUCCCGGCGAUUGUGUGAAGCGGCGGUGGGGUGCGAGGAAUAACCCGUAUCGCGGCGUGGUUUUAUGGAAGAGAAGCGAACAAAUAUUUAUAAAACUUAAUCGUCUAACCUCUCCAGUCUUAAUUUUGUAGUAUUACACGCGAAAUGGGUCACGGUUUUUUUCCCGUUGGAGGCUGAAGCGUUAACUUCGUACCGACAGGAAUGCAGAGCGUGGUGUGCUGGAGGUAACCGAGAUCGCUUCAGAUUGUCGUGGUUUUCGUAUUUUUUUAUACAAACCAGCAGGAAAAUGCACGCUCGAGACUUUAAUUAAUUAAAGGGUCUGGUGUGUAGCGAUGGAAAGCCCGCAGACAAACUUCCCGCUGGGUCUGGUUUCGGAGCAGAAGAGGACGGGGAUGCAGGAGGACGGGAGCCCCCCGUUCAAAAAAGCAAUGACAGAAAUGCACGUAAGCAGCCAAGUGCGAGUCGUAAUAAAUAAAUUGCCAACAAUAAAGAAGGAAAACUUGGACGAGUAUGAUGAAACUCCUAUGGAGGCUGAUGGGGAAAAUGCCAAGCCAAACAGUACUUCAAUCUCUGAGCCUUUGAAUUUAAAUCCAGGUCUGAAACACACAUUGGCACAGUUCCACUUGAGCAGCCAGAGCUCCCUGGGUGGACCAGCAGCUUUUUCAGCACGCUAUUCCCAGGAAAGUAUGUCUCCCACUGUCUUCUUGCCUCUUCCAUCGCCACAAAUCCUGUCUGGUCCACUGCUCAUUCCUCCAGACAGUUCCACCGAGCUCACUCAGACGCUGCUGGAGGGGGAAUCCAUCUCUUGUUUCAAAGUCGGAGGGGAAAAAAGACUUUGCCUGCCUCAAGUGUUGAAUUCGGUUCUCCGAGACUUUUCUUUGCAACAGAUUAAUACCGUGUGUGAUGAACUGUAUAUAUACUGCUCAAGGUGCACUUCUGACCAGCUUCAUAUUCUCAAGGUUUUGGGAAUUCUUCCGUUCAACGCUCCCUCCUGUGGGCUGAUUACACUGACUGAUGCUCAGAGACUAUGCAAUGCUUUACUACGCCCUCGCACUUUUCCCCAAAAUGGCAGUUUUCUCCCCGGUAAGAACACCUUGGCCCAACUGAAAGAGACUGGCAGUGCCUUUGAAGUAGAGCAUGAAUGCCUGGGCAAGUGCCAGGGUUUGUUUGCACCUCAGUUCUACCUUGCGCCGGACGACCCCUGCAUCCAGUGCCUGGAGUGCUACGGGAUGUUUUCACCCCAGACGUUUGUGAUGCAUUCGCAUAGAUCCCCCGACAAGAGGACCUGCCACUGGGGCUUUGAGUCAGCCAAGUGGCAUUGCUACCUUCACAUUAACCAAAAAUACUUAGGGACGUCAGAGGAGCGGGAGCUGAAGCAUCUCUUGGAGGAAAUGAAGGAGAAAUUUAGUGAGAAAAACCAGAAAAGAACUCGGUCCAAAGUGGAUUCACAGCAGAGCCUAGAGUUACCCCAGUGGUAUCCCGUUAUAAAGCAAGAAGCAGAAGCUGAACCUCAGCCACCUUCCUUUUUCCAUCCCAGUUACUACCUUUAUAUGUGUGAUAAAGUGGUUGCCCCAAAUGUAUCUCUUGCAUCACAAUACAAGGACGUUGCAAAAACAGCAGUCAAAACUUCAGAAGUAAUUAAAUCUUCACCUGGACAGUCAGAGAAAAAGCUCAGUAGUGGAAAGCACAAAAAAGUUGCCUCGUAUCCAGAGCUUUCUCUUGAAGAACAGGAAAAAAUUGACUUGAAAACUAGCAUGGAACAGCAUAAAUGUUUAGAUCCACCUGUGUCAACUCAUUCAGCAAGAGGUGGAAAAUCCGAGCGCAUUUCUACCAAAAGCACUAGAGACUCUAGACGCGUUGAAGUAGGUAACGUGAGAACCUUGUCCCCCACUCUCAUGAAAGACAUCAGUUGUGAAGAUGACAAGGGGAGGAUCAUGGAAGAAGUAAUGAAAACCUACAUCAAACAGCAGGAAAAACUAAAUACUAUUUUGCGGAGGAAGCAGCAGCUUCAAAUGGAAGUGGAAAUGUUAAGCAACUCUAAAGCUAUGAAGGAACUAACUGAAGAACAGCAGAAUUUGCAAAAAGAACUUGAAUCUUUGCAAACUGAGCAUGCUCAAAGAAUGGAAGAAUUUUAUUUUGAACAGAGGGACUUGGAGAAGAAACUGGACCAAGUGAUGAAGCAGAAGUGUACCUGUGACACCAAUUUAGAAAAAGACAAAGAAGCAGAAUAUGCUGCACAGCUAGCAGAAUUGAGACAGAGAUUGGAUCAUGCAGAGGCAGAUAGACAAGAGCUUCAAGACGAACUGAGGCAAGAACGAGAGGCAAGGGAAAAGUUAGAGAUGAUGAUAAAAGAAUUGAAGCUACAGAUCUUGAAAUCUUCAAAAAAUGGAAAAGGAAAAUAGAAAUUCAAAGAGGAAGCAUGACUGUGUCUUUCAAACAGGGUGUUUUGUUUUUUAACGAAUUGUAAGCUGUUUCUGUGUGAUAAGAGAAAGUAUUCUCUACAGAUUUCUAUUUGCCAGACAAGUCCAGAUGAAGAUAUACAUAUAUAUAAAUAAAUAGACACGUAUACAUUUUUAGAUUUUCCUAACUAAUGAAAAUCUGCAUUUAUUUGUACUGGUGUUUCUCAAACUAUUGAAAAAAAAAAAAAAGAAACUUAUGAUUCAGAGUGACCAGUUUCUGUUGAUUUCUAAUGCAGUCUUGAGGACCCUAUACCUUUUAACACUGUCUGUUAAAAUAUAGUUGGUGAUCUUUAUUUUAGUAUCAGUUGCACAUCCAGUUAUAAAAAAAAAAAAAAAAUUGAAAAUUCUGAUUUCUUCAAGGCCAAGAAUAGUUUGGGUUUCAGUGAGAAUUUUGUGUUUUCUAAUUGGAGAAAGUAAAGGCAGCUUUUCAUCCAAAAGGUAAUACUCAAAAUCACCAUGACAAUAGAUGACUAUCAGAAGUGAUUUGCCAGCAUGAGUUUUUCCCAUAAUUUUGUUACGUGAAAUCAAGCUGAUCUUUUCCAUAUGUGCUAUUUAACAAUUCAUUCUCUCUGAAGCAUUUUACAGUAAUCAUUUGGUUACUAUGCUAGAAGAAGAAAACAUUAGGCUUUUUUUUGUAAAUUAAAAAAAAAAAAAGCAUCAAAAAUGAAAUCUUCUAAAAUAUAAAAAUCACAUUUUUUUUUAUUGUCUUUUGUACUGCAGGUAAAGCAGACUGUUUAUGAAGGCUUGUAGUGACAGAAGAAAGGGCAAUGGUUUAAAACUGAGGGAAAGUAGAUUUAGAUAUAAGAGAAUUUUUUUAAUGAUGAGACACUGGAACACGUUGCCCAGAGAAGUUGUGGGUGCCCCAUCAUUAGAAGCAUUCAAAGCUAGGUUAAACAAAAAAAAAUGUAAAAAGGAAAUUAAAAAAUAAAUAAAUAGGAAAGAAGAUAAAAAAAAAAAAAAGUAUUGGUUUCUUUGGUACCCCAAGCCUCCAUGCUUUGAGCUUCUUGCUAACUAGUGGGUUUUUCUUUCAUCACAUAAAACAGGCCUUAACUGACAUAAUGAUAAUUGCUUAGAAAAAUCAAGUUCUAAGAUAUGGCACUUUGAAAAUCACUUUGAUAGUUUCUGCAUUUGAAUGGCAUGGUAACGUUGCCAUGAAUUAAGAAAUACAGCAUGUUCGUUGAGCUAUAACAUUUAAAAAUGUGUAAUUGUACAGAAUUUCUGUUUUAUGUAUAUAUAACAUUUACUUGAGUACUUCAGAAGUCUGAUGCCUGGUAGAUUCAAUGCAUGACUACAGAUUAAGAUGAAGUACUUCUUUGCACUUCUUUCCAAAAAGUUUGAUAUAGCUGACAGGUGUUAGCUGAUUAUGUCGAUGACUAGAGAUGUCUUAGCAGUUUUGUUAUUUCACUACAUAAUUUUAAACUGUGCUUUAGCUCCUGUUACGUUUUUUAAGGUACUUAGGUUUAUAACUCUCAUAAUAAUUCAGUUAGUACUGGUGAAACCACUAGUAAAAGCCUACUAGCAUCGAUUUUUAUUCUGAACUAGUAAAACUGAAAACUUCUAGUUCUUCCUUAUCUCUCUGUUAGUGGUAUAAUAGGAUUGAGUAUCAUAGAGAAAGAUAAAAUUGCACAAAUCUUUCAAUUGAAUGAAAAAUUAGGUAAUAAAUGUCAUGGAGUCAUAGAAUGAGUCUUUUAUAGCUGUAUAUAAUUUGGUCUAUGGGCUCUGUGUCAUAUUUACACUGAUAAUUAAGGCAGGUUAGGUGAAAAAAUAUGAAACACUUUGGCAAUGUUAAUCAGAAAAGAGGGCCCAGAUUACAUUUUUCCCUUCUUCCUCAACUCCAUCUCCAAAUUACGACUGAAAGAAAAAUAAAAGACUGUCUUUACAGCCUAGUGAUGGUUUGGAAGGAAAUGUACUGAUUAUAAAUUAUUCUGCUUGUGUGUUCACCACUUGCUUUAAGAUCACUUGUAUGUUUUAUUUUAAUAACCACCAAGAACAUGGCUGUAGGGGGAGUGGGCAAGGAUGUUGGUAAAAGUGUGAUUAUUGGGCGCUGCAGCUUGAAGUUUGGAUUAGCUGAAUUGAUAAAUAGGAAAACACCAUCAUGGGGAAUGACGAGGUUUCUUCUGGGUAUUAUCAGAGGAUCAAAAGAGGCUGUUUGGAGCUGCUUUUCAGUAUCAGUGUUUUGAACCAAACUUGUUCACUUGUCAGUGUAGAGAAGGCCACGCGUUAGGGCUGGAGUUUACGCAGUGUUUGUAGCUUAGCUGUCGAAUGUAUGGCAUCCUCACGGGGUUAUUAUACCAGAGUACUGUAUAUUCACUCUUCAUUCAGGUCUUGUCCGUGUUAUGUGACUUCCGCUCCCAUUUCCCAUUUUGCCACUGGUUGCAGUGGGAGACCAGUACAGCCGGGGGUCUGUGCCUCGGGCAGUGCUUCCACCGCGUGCUACCCAGGCUCGCUGGCUCCUGCUGUAGACCAAUAAAAUGCUGGUGGCCGUAGUUUGUACUAAUAUUUUCACUGCUGCAAAAACUUGAGCAGUUUAUAGCAGUUUUAGCAAUUCCAGCUGCAGGUAAGGUCUCCUAAUACUUCUAAAACAUCUGGCUGAAAAAGCUAAUUGAGCAUUUAUUAAAAUGACUUAAAAAGUAGCUUUGUAAAUAUUCCAUUUAGUUAAUCUGAAGUUAGGAUGCAUUUUAAAUUGUUGUAAUCCUCUUAAAAUUCUUAAAUACUACUUUCAGGUUCUUUAACAUAACAUAAAUAAUUUUCAUACGUGUAGACUUAAUUUUAUACUGAUUUUAAGUAAUAAUGUAUACAUAAAUGUGCCAUAGAUUUUGUGUGUUCGGUCUUUGAAAGAUAGUUUUUUAGUAAAUUGUAAAUAAUAUGAUGCAAGUUCCAGAACAAAUACAUGUUGACCCUUUUUCACUACCUUAUGCUAGUUAAUAUUGAGUGGUUUAUUUUACAACUCAAUACAGGAACUUGGAUUGAACGCUUAAGGGCCUUCACUUAAGUGCACACCUAAUGGUAGAAACGAAUUCUGUCACUAGGUACCUGCUUUUAGCCAUGGCAUGCUCGUUUUAUGUGUUAUUGUUUGUUCUGCCUUCAGGUUUUGGUUGCUGACCAUUUAGGCAGGAAGCUGUUUUCUCAGAUAGUUGUGACAUUAAGUCUUUAGGAAGAAAAUCCUGGAAUUGUUCGCAAUUUUAAAUCUUCGUUAUUAAACACCUAGACUGAAAUCAAAGUUGCGUAGUGCACCUUUUAGAACAAAGUAGGAUUCAGGCAGAAAUAACUAAAUUGCUCCUACGCUUUUUGACAAGAACUUUCACAAGCUUUGUGUGCUCUGAUGAGCAAGAGAAUAUAAGAAUCGAGAGAAAUUUUGCCGGUCUGAAAGUACCCUCAUUCAUGGUGUAGCCAUGUGUCCUUAGACGAAAGAGAUUUUAUCUAAAAUCUCCAAACUUGAGUCCGUCUGUGUUUUAAUUUUUGUAAAGCAUAUAUUUUAGCUUGAGAACUUAGGUGAAUGUAGUUACAUUUCACAUCCUCCAACUAAUUUUAUUCUAUAUUUAAUAUAUUAAUAGCCUAGGUGUAAAACCAUUUGUAUAUAGUAAAGGCAUAAUGCAAUUAGUGAAGUAGGAAAAGUGGAGUGGGAGCAUAAAGCUACCAGUGGCCUGAAAAAAUACGGCUUGGUCCAUAUUUUAGAAGUCACAACUGUUUAUUCAUACAUUCUUGAUUUAUACUGGGGGUUGGAUAGCUAUAAUGUGUUAAGAAAUUUUUGGAAAACUUUCCUAGCAUUAGUUGUGAAGUUGGCCUUGAAGUGCUGUCAUGGUCAGCUUCCUAGAAUUCACUUGUUUGUAGAGUAUAUAUUUUGACUGUCAGCAAAGAUAACAACUUUGUAUUUUUUCUGCACUUAAUUCAUGUAAUUGAUCCACACAACAGAGUUUUCUAUAACAUGGUGAAGUCAACAAACGACAUAACGACACCUACCUGUUAAUCUGUGCUUGAACUAUACCAGUAGUUUUAUUGAAGCUGUCAGCAGCAAGCAGCAAGAAGCUGCAAAUUUUGAUCUUUUUGCUCAUUUGUAGUGAGAGAAGUGUUCAUCAGUGUUUUCAUUACAGAAAGCUUGUAGAAUUUUCUAUUUGUUGCACAUCUAUUUCAAAAAGAUCCUUUUUUUUUUUUAGCUUUUGUGAAAGCAGACAUUGCUUACCAAUCGCAUGACAAGUUCACUGUGUGUCUCUAUUAUUUAGAUUUUUGCCAUUACUUAAUUUUUUUUUUUUUCCCAGAGUUAGUGGUUCAGUUGGGAAAUGCUUGAAAAAUGAGUUUUAAGCACUUCAUCAAGCACAGCAAAUGGUUAAAAUUUUGUAUUUGGAAAAUUGAUUAUAUGUAACAAUACCAAUCGAUUUUUUUUGUCUUCGAAUAUAGAUACCUCACUUAAAGGAAAGCACAGUUAUACUGUAUUUAAAAUAAUUCUAGGAAAUAAUAAAAAGUUGGUCUAAAAUAUUUUGUUGCAGUUACGUUGCUUUCUGUGAUGGACAAAAUCUGUUUUUGUGUUUUCCUACUUGCUCUCAGAAGUAUUUAUUGAUGUUGACAUGCCAAUACGAUUAUCUGAAAUUCCAGAAAGUAGUUGCAGAACACCAGUCUGUUUAGCUCAAGGCGACAGGGUGGAUGACUAUUCCGAAACCGUAGUAAAAGCCUGUGAAAACGAUCAGUGCAUUCAAGGAUUUUUAAUACUUUGCCAAUGAUGUACAGUCUUACUGCUAGCGUUGCUGUGGUUGCAUUACAUGACACACAAAACUGUCCUCUACCUCACGUGAGAUUAACAGAUAUUUUAUAUGGUUUUAGUAAACAAGAGGCUUCUAUCUGGUCACUUAGUUUACAAAUUUUGAAUUAUAUUUAUUGAAACAUGACAUACUGUGCUCUUAGCUUAUACCUCAAUUGUAUUUUGUGCUGUUAUCCAUUUUCAUGCCAUGUAAAUACAUGUACAGAUUGUGGACUCAAAAACAAAUAAAAAACUGUAAUGUCACAA